AUGUUUCCCAACCGAGGUCCCGAGCCCGACCGCAGCGCACUCCCACGCAUCGCGCAUGACGGUGACUAUGCGAGGAGCGAGCCGCAUGACACGCGUUCAUUGCGCGCGCUGCCGCCCAGCGCUGAUGCUGCGCGCGAAGAGCGACGACCGGCGACAGCUACCGAACGUCGUUUGACGCCGCCACCUGGCUCCCUCGGCCGCCCGCCGCGCGAGAUGGCAGCGCCCCGAGCCGGCUCCUUUGGCCACCCCAACGACGAGGCCUAUGCUGCUCCAGGCAGCUCGCGUUACGCGCAACCCGGCGCACCACCCAUGCCUUUCAAGCGCGACCCAGAACGCACCUCGCCCGCCUCGGACGAAGGCGCCUGGCGGUCGUUCGAUCGCCCUGACCCUCGCUUUGCGCCAAAGGAUGCCUACAGCCCGCACAUGCCACCAGCGCCUUACGCGCCUCGAGACGAUAUCCGACCUUCGCCGUGGCAGCGUCCGCUGGAAGAGUUGCACCGUCCUCGUCUGCCUGGUCCUCCGAUGGCAAUGCGCGACGAUCCCUCUUGGAGACCCGUACCACCGGCGUACGACCGUGCUGAUGCACAUCCGGAUGCCCUAGCCCAUGCACGUAUGCGCGAGGACGAAAGAUGGGGCGGCGAAGCUGGCAGUCGACCGUUGCAUCCUUACGAGAACAAUGGGCAGCCUGCGCAUCCGGCCGCCUUCCCCUCUGACCCUCGCGGCGCCCGCCCGCUGGACGUUGAGGCGCUCGACGACCGCCGUGUCCGCAGACGCGGCCCGCCCGGCCCACCUGGCCUGGUCGACGCCGACUACGAUGCUCAGCGAUAUCCACCCGCGCAUGCACGACCGUACGGCCCAGGUCCCUACAGUCCUCCCGAUUCGCGAAGCCAAAGUGUAGCGCCCGGUCCAGGCGCCAUGAGGCCGACCAUGAUGCACGGCAUGGAGCCACCUCGACCCGCGUCUUCGCUCGGCGUCAUGAACCGAGGCGGCAUGGCGGGAGACGUGCCUGUGGCCGCAUCGGCGGUGGGAGCAGCGGGACCGGCGGCUGCCAGCUCGGUCAAUGCGAACCGAAGGGUGGCGCAUCUGUUGUCCGAGCAGAAGCGCCGAGAGUCGAUCAACACGGGCUUUGAGGAUCUUCGUCAGGCGAUCCCGGUGUGCCGCGAUGGGCAAGACAGCAAAGCGACCAUCCUCAAGCGAGCGCUCGAGUACAUUCGUGAGCUGGAGAGCGUGGUCGAACGACAGCACCGCGGUCCGCUCGAAGCUCACGCGCUCGGAGGCUACAGCAAUCGCAGUCCGCCAGACGACAAGGACCACCUGCGCCGCUUCGGACGCCCUGCAGGCGAUGGAGAGCGCCGUGCAUCUGGCAGCGCACGCCACAUGAGCGGCGCUAGCAGCAGCAACAGCGGCGAGGCGGGCAAUGGCCCCAGGAUCGGCGGGAUGCCGUCGAACGCGUUCAACGGGGCGCCAAACGGCUUUGCACCCGCGCAUGGACCUGCUCCGUACGGUGCUCGCCCGUAUGCCCAGCAUGAGUCACCCAACAUGGCUGCGGCGCCGAUGCAUAACGACGCGGCGCACGAGUCGGGCGAGUCGCGCAACUCGGCGGCGAAGCGAUGGGCUGAGGAUUCGGACGAGGACCAGCGCUCGCCUUCGCGCCGACGCGUAUCGGAUGGCGACAAGGACGAGGUGGAGCGUUCGCCCGUUGCGCCCCACUACACCAUCACGCAUCACGGCCGCCGGGCAUCGCCGCUCGGGCGUUCGCCGAGCCUGGAGAAGCUGCGCGACUGGCACACGCGGCUCGACAACAAGUCACUCGUCGACUCGGCGGUGCGUGUGUAG